AUGGAGUCCCUGGGUGGCGACACCGCGUGGUUCGACCGCUUUGCCGCGCAGCACGCAGCUUUGCUGUACUACUGGUUGGUCACCGGCCUCUUCAUGGCCAGCCCAGAGAGUGCGUACAACUUCUCGCUCCUAGUCGAGGAGCACGCCUACGUGACUUACGCAGUCUUCGCGGAGGAGAACGCCCAGCUGCUGCAGUCCGCCUCCGCCUUGGAAAGCAGAGGUCGCAUUCGCAGCGUUUGUGGACGUGGCUACGGGUCAAAAUAA